AUGGAUUUCACAGUUGCCUUUUUUGCUGUCUCCCUGCUGGUUGUAGCAGUUUUCUGGGCCUGCCACAUAUUGGGCCUGGACGUUGGCUGGGAUGCGAAGAGUGGAGAAUGGCUACGAGCUGCCUCAACUGCAGCUGGAUAUAUUCUGGCUUUCUAUGUUCUUGCUACUCUGGCCGGUGGCGUGCUUGUGAUUUUGCUGGGGGUGGUGUUCUCAUGCCUGGCCCUCAGCCUGAUAUUCAUCAUCAGCCUUGUGACAGCUCCCUUCUUGGUAAGCUCAGCGACGGGCUUGGGACGUUGCCAUUUUGACAGAGCAGUGAUGCUUUGCCUUCCAGUUCCGGGAAGUAACGACGCAAUACCCAUAAGCUACUGCAUAUUUCCUGCAUACCUCCUGAAAUGGUUGUGGCAUCUUUACACCAUGUGGCAACUCUGCCGCGCAGAGCGCCCAAGCGAAGAGACGCAUCCAGACCAGGGUAAAUGCCGCUCCUGGGCCUGCUGGCCAUGCGAAGUCCUUUUCCAGCUUCUCGAUACCUGGUCCGAUGUGAGCGUGGCGCUGGGCGCCUGGUCGCUUCUGCCCAUGGCAUGGUCAGUGCUUUUUGCCCCUACCGUGCUACUCUCAAUCAGCAGCUUCUGUUGGGUCGCAAGUCAGAAACCUGUGUCUGGCAAGACAAAUCCUUUCUGGAUCAAGCUGCAACUCUGUGAGGAUAUCCUGCAGAGCGCCCUUGCACUCGUCGGCAUCUUCCUCUAUUCCCGGGCAGGUGCUCCGCAAGAGCCAUUCAUGCUCACGACGCUUGCUGAUUCGCUGCUGCGCUGCUUCUUGCAGUUCCCACUUCUCCAGACGAGGAGCUACGCCGAUCGUCACCUCAUUCUGGCGACAGAUGACACAUGGGCGCGAGUGGGCACCAACGCAUUGAGACAGGGGAGCUGGUGA